UUUGUAAUUUGCGAAAGCCUGGCCUCAGCUGCCGUAAAUGGGUCACGUGUAGCAACUGUUUUGCACUGUCCGCUGUGUAAUGUUGUACAUACUCUCGUCGCUGUCAAGACCAGAGCGCAGUGCGCCUGUAUCACGAACAGAUAUCACGAACCCAUCAGUAACGAUAUCGAUUUAUGUCUAUUCACCCAAAGCCUGUGCCUCUCGUGGCACCUGGUCAUACACGCCCAGUAACUCACCUCUCUUUUUCACCACUCCAAGACGAUGGCACCUAUCUUCUUGUGUCCAGCUGCAAAGAUGGCAAUCCGAUGCUUAGAGAAUGGACCGGAGACUGGAUAGGCACAUUUCUGGGUCAUAAGGGUGCAGUAUGGUGCACAAAACUCUCUCCGGAUGCUUCGCGAGCGGCAUCAGGAAGCGCUGACUUCACUGCGAAAAUCUGGGACACCUAUUCAGGAGAUGUCUUACACUCAUUCCCUCACAAUCAUAUCGUUCGAACUGUGGCAAUCUCUCCGACGUGUUCUCACCUUCUUACUGGAGGUCAAGAAAAGAAGGUCAGAAUAUUUGACCUUGCACGGCCAGACGCCGAGGCAGACUUCCUUGGCGAUGUUGGCCUACCGUCCCAUGAUGGAACUGUGAAGAGCGUAGUUUGGGUUGGAGAACAUACUGGUGUAUCGGCUGGAGAUGAUGGUAUCAUCAAAUGGUGGGACCUGCGAACACGAAAACUUACAACAACUAUGACAUUCCCUAAUCCCAUAACUUCGAUGGAACUAUCGCCGCAAACCAAGCGUCUGGUUGUGACAUCGGGAAAAACUGUUGCAUUCAUACCUGCUUUACCUAGUGGUACUCCAACACAUAGUCUCAACCUAGCGUACUCGCCAUCAUCCGCAUCCGUUCAUCCUAUCCUUCAAGACCGCUUUGUCACAGGUAAUCUCGGUGACGAGUGGGUCAGGGUCCAUGGAAUGGAUGGUGAGGAGCGGGAAAUCUUGAAGGGACAUCACGGACCUGUCCACUGCGUCGAGUUUAGCCCUGACGGCGAAGUAUAUGCAAGCGGCAGCGAGGAUGGUACGAUUCGACUCUGGCAAACAACACCCGGGAAGGCAUACGGCUUGUGGCAAGGUAAUACUAACGGUGGUUAGGAGAGAGUGGGAAGGAGACACUGCACACCGUCUAACAUCUUUAGGUCAUACAUUGUCGAUUAGUUUGUGGAAAUGUUCGUUGAUCGAGCAAGGGGAUACAUCAUGUAAUGUCAAGAAGCUUACAAUUCAAUCAUAUCAUACUGUUUCCAAUCUGCAUGACUAUCUUUAUUCAACAGCUAGCGGACUUGCAUGGAAUUACUCAAUCAUACUUCCACUGGGGCGCAUACCAGGAGUACUCGUGGGUAUUACGGUUGAGAGAGGCUGGGCAGUUAACUUCUUGCCUGCUGUCAAGUUGUGUGCCGGAGUGACUUGGUUGGAGAGAUGAUACCUUGAUAUCAAUCUCUUCCUUGCGUGUUGCAGUCUUAUUAUUAGUCACAUGCUCGUCCGAGACUAUACUUAACGGGGAUCAUGUUGAACGACAA